CUGCAUCUCUUAUGAAUGAAGAGUCGCUGAAGAAGUGUGUGGAGGGUUACAUUGCGAGGAUAGAGAAGGAGGGCCAGCGGUACCAGGCCCUGAAGGCCCAUGCGGAGGAGAAGCUCCAACUGGCUAGCGAGGAGAUUGCCCAGGUGUGCAGCAAGGCCCAAGCAGAGUCCUUGGCCUUCCAGGCCAGCCUGAGGAAGGAGCAGAUGCUCAUCCACUCGCUGGAGAAGACAGUGGAGCAAAAGACUAAGGAAAAUGAGGAACUGACCCAGAUCUGUGAUGACCUCAUCUCCAAGAUGGAGAAGAUCUAACACACCCCCGCCCCAUCUGUGUGUGUGUGUGUGUGUGUGUGUGUGUGUGCGCGCAUGCAUGCCUAUCUGUCUAUGGAAGUUUUCCUGUUCUUCUCUCUUGAUCUCUCAUUUUUAAACUAGACUGCUUUAAAAAGAAGAGUAAAUAAAGAUUGCCUUUGGUU